AUGCCGUAUCGCGUGGAAAAAGCUUCUACCGGCCGCGCAGGCUGUCAGAAUAAGGAGUGCAAAGACAGCAAGGUCAAGAUCGGCAAGGGCGAGCUGCGCUUCGGCACCUGGGUCGACACCGAAAAAUUCCAAACUUGGUACUGGAGACAUUGGGGCUGCGUCACGCCCAAGAUCAUCGCCAAUGUCCUCGACUCUAUUGGUGAAGGCGACGACCUAGACCUCGACAUGCUUGACGGCUACGAGGAUCUCCCGUCUGAUCUUCAGGAAAAGAUCGAGAAGGCCAUGAAGCAGGGCCACGUUGACGACGAGGAAUGGAGGGGUGAUGCCGAAUUGAAUGUGCCUGGUGCCAGCGGCUUCCGAGUGAAGACUCCGGCAAAGAAGGCUCAGAAAGAAGACGAAGACGAGAACAAAGGUGCAGCUAAGAAGAAGAAGACUCCCGCGAAGAAGGGGAAGAAAGCCAAGGACUCAGAUGAAGAAGAGAAGACCCCCGCCUCCAAGACCAAGAAGCGAACUCGCCUACAAGUCGAGGAUGACAAGCAUGACGUGGAGACUGCUUCUCCCAAGAGACCUAGGAGGAAGCCAACCGGCUACCCGAGCAAGGUGCCCUCAAUCUCUUCCGACUCUGACUCUGACUCUGGUGGAAGCGCUUUUGAUUCGCCUGAACCGAAGCCCAAACGCAACCGCAAGGCCAAAGAAGCAAAGCCUGCCCCAAAGCGCGGGAAGAAGAAGGCCGUCGAGGACAGCGAAGCUGAAUCUCCCGCCGAGAAGCCAAAGCGUGGUGGACGCAAGAGGACCGCCUGA